CUCUAUAUACAAUUGGACUUCGUCGCUGCCAGCUACUACCGGACAGAUUCUAACUUCGCCGGAGUUCAUCGUCGCCGGCACUUCACGCCGCCGGCACUCUGUUGCCUUUGAUUGCUUCAUAUCUGAGAUCGACCAUCACGUUCACCUAAGGUAUAAAUGAUGUUUGAGGAAACUACACCUGAUCAAACUGAAGAGAUUAAGGUGAGCUUUGGAUAUCAUUGCAAUGGACUUACUAGUGAUUCGUCUCACAUUCAAAAUGAAUCUCGAAGAAACCUCGGUUCAUUCCAUUGCCUGUCUGGAGCAGCUUUAAGUGCCAAUGCUACACUAGCCAACACAAGUAUAUGCAAUGGUUUUAUUGGAGCAGAGAUACUCCCCAACUGGGACUCUCCCAAGUCAUUUAGAAGAAUUCCCUCAUCUCCUUCUUUCUCUAAAUUGGAUUUAUUAUCAUCCUCUCUUCAGAGUAACAUUUCAAUCUUGAGUUGUAGUCCUUCAAGUGCUAGUGAACCAAGUGAUCAUGAUUCGUUUUUAAAAUCUACAAGCUGCGUGGAAGUUGAGGUUGCAGGAGGGGCAGCUGGGGAAGACAGAGUUCAAGCUGUUUGUUCUGAAGAAAAUGGCUGGCUCUUUUGUGCUAUCUAUGAUGGAUUCAAUGGAAGAGAUGCAGCAGAUUUCCUUGCUGGUACUUUCUAUGAGACCCUCUCGUUCAACCUUAGCUUCCUUGACUGGGAAUUGAAACAAGAUUCCGAAAGUCUUUCUGAUAAUAAUAAUAAGAAGAAGAAAAAGAGUUUAUUUAUGGACAGAGUACUUGACAGCCUCCAACGGGCUCUUGGCCAGGCUGAGAACGACUUCUUGUACAUGGUUAAACAAGAAAUGGAGGAUCGUCCUGAUCUAGUAUCCAUUGGGUCUUGCGUAUUGGUUGCACUUCUCCAUGGGAAGGACUUGUACAUUCUCAAUUUGGGCGACAGUCGAGCUGUUUUGGCUACCUACACUGAUGAAACUACUUUAGGUGGCGAGAACAGGAAGUUGAAUGCAAUCCAGCUCACUGACAGUCAUACAGUUGACAAUGAAGCUGAAAGAAACCGCCUUUUACGCGAUCAUCCAGAUGACCCUGAGACAAUUGUCGGCGGAAAAGUGAAAGGAAAGUUGAAGGUCACUAGGGCGUUUGGAGUGGGAUACUUGAAAAAGAGAAAGAUGAAUAAUGCAUUAAUAGGCAUCCUGAAAGUGCAGAAUCUUGUAAACCCUCCAUAUGUUUCGACUGAUCCAUCAGUAAAUGUCCACAACAUAUCAGAUUCAGACCAUUUUGUUAUACUUGGAAGCGACGGUUUAUUUGACUUCUUUAGCAAUGAUGAAGUGGUUAAACUGGUUGAUUCAUACAUGUUGGGAAAUCCUUUUGGAGACCCAGCAACAUUUCUUCUCGAAGAACUUGUUGCAAGAGCAGCUGAUUCUGCAGGUUUCAGCAUGGAAGAACUAAUGAGCAUCCCUCCUGGUAGGAGAAGAAAAUAUCACGACGAUGUAACUGUAAUCGUUGUCAUACUUGGCCCACAUAAACGCACGACUAAGGCGUCCACUCGUCUGUAAGUUUUUUAAGCUGCUGAUUUCUCAUGUUUCUGAAUGAAAAGAUUGGAAAUAGACACACUUCAAUACCGUUGAAGUGCUGUGAACUAAGUAUCUAUGUAUAUAUGUAUGUUGGAGAAAUAUAUGUCAUCCAGUGCACUGGUUAUACUUUUUGGGUGUUUUUCUUUUCUUUUCUUUUCUGCCUAUUAGCAAUAUUUUUUAAUAAAAAUAAUUUUUGGA